AUGGCUCCGGGGGCCGCGAGCGGCCUCAAUCCGAAUCUGAGCUGGCAGCAGGGCGGCGAUGUGCUCGCGUCUCUCGACGCCGGCCGCGAGGGCGAGGGUCCCGGCGACGGCGAGGUGCUGCCCGCGCGCCUGUCCUACGCCCAGCUCCGCUCCGGCGCCCUGCGGCUCGCCGCGGCGCUCGCCGUCCGGCUCGCGGCGGACGCGGGCGGCGCGCCUGAAGGCGCAGUGCUCGCCACGCGCAUGCGGCGGGGCAACGAGUGGUACUGCCUCUUCAUGGCGGCGUCGAAGCUGUGGGUUCCGCUCGCAGGGAUGAGCGUGGACCUGUCGGACAAGGCCGCGGAGGAGGCGCGCAACGCCCGCAUACUCGCGGAGCUGCGGCCGGCGCUGCUCGUCUCCAGCAGGGGCUGCGACAUGGGCGCCGAGGUGUCCUUCGGGCAGCUGUGGUCCGAGGGCGCCGGGAUCGUCGCCGAGUUGGCCGUGGCUGGCUGGACGAAGCAGGGCGCUCCGGGGGCUGGCCUGGCAAGUUCGGCGGCAUCCGCCACGCUGUGCUACUGCUUCACGGGAGGUAAAAGACCACUCGGACGACGCGGACGCCAGCGGGCCACCGUGCUGGAAGCUCUGAGCUGCAGCGGCAGAGGAAGGAGACAGCAUCUCGGAGCGAGCCCGAUGUGUGACCGAAACCUCAUCUUGAAACGCGAUUCCCCGACAGCCCUCAGGCCAGC